AUGGAAAAGUUCCUGCGGGAAUGGAGGCAGGAUGCCCUGAACAAGGCCCAGUACGAUUCCGCCAUCUUCAUCGGCGACAAGCUGCUGGCCCUGACGAACGACGACAAGGACGCCUUCUGGCUGGCCCAAGUGCACUUCGCAACCGGCAACUACACUCGCGCCCAGACAUUCCUCGCCAAACAAGACCUCGUCGCCCGCAAUGUUUCCUGCCGAUACCUCGCUGCACACUGCCUCGUGAAGCAAUCGAGGUUCGACGAAGCAUUGGCCGUUCUUGGCGAGCGGAACCCGACCCACCUCAUCAACAAUGCGAGCAACAAGCGGAAGACGAACACGGCACCCCUGGGACGGGCGGUAGGCCACAGAGGCAGGAUGGCUCGCGAUGAUGCCGCCGAGGAGGAAGCUACAAACAGGAAGUACGAGGCCGCCAUGUGCUACCUACGGGGUAUCUGCUACGCCAAGCAGAACGCCUUUGACCGGGCCAAGGAGUGCUACAAAGACGCAGUGCGGAUCGACGUGCAGUGCUUCGAGGCGUUCCAGCAGCUCAUGACGAACGCCCUGCUGUCACCCGACGAGGAGUGGGCGUUUCUCGAGUCCCUUGACUUCGAUGCAAUCACCGUGGCAGGGGACGUUUCGUCAUCACAGGAAGCGGCAGAGUUCACUAAAAUGCUGUAUACGACGCGGCUGUCCAAGUAUAGGGAACCUUCGGCCUUCACCGCGGCGUGCGACUCACUAUCGACACAUUACCGGUUGGCGGAUAACCCCGACCUUAUGCUCGCCAAAGCCGAUCUUUUGUACACGCAGUGUCGGUAUCGGGACGCCUUGGCCAUCACAGAGUCGAUUCUUGAGGACGACAAGUACAACUUUAGUGUUCAUCCACUGCACCUAGCAUGCUUGUAUCAACUCAAGAUGAAAAACGCCCUGUUUUUGGUAUCUCACGACUUGGCGGACAACCACCCGGAGGAGCCCUGCUCGUGGCUGGCUGUCGGCAUUUACUACUUUUCGAUUGACAAAAUCGCGGAGGCGCGACGGUAUUUCAGCAAGGCCAGCAUGAUGGAUGCGCACUUUGGCCCUGCUUGGAUCGGCUUCGCACACACGUUUGCCGCUGAGGGCGAGCACGAUCAGGCCAUAUCGGCAUACUCAACAGCGGCGAGGCUAUUCAUGGGUACACAUUUGCCACAAGUGUUUUUGGGCAUGCAGAACCACGCACUCAACAACAUGACGUUGGCUGAAGAGUUUCUCAAGACGGCAUACGGUCUUUGCAAGACGGACCCGCUGCUGUUGAACGAAAUGGGCGUUGUCAAAUACCAUCAGGAUAAGCCGCAAGAGGCUGUUCAGUUCUUUCGGGCGGCAUUGAAAAUUGCCGCCGAGAUCGACUCAGAUCCGCAGGCUUGGCUGUCCCCGAGAACGAACCUCGCACACGCGUACCGUCGCCUGCGUCUCUGGAAGGAUGCACAUAUAGAGUUUGACGAGGUCCUGCGCCAGGGGGGUAAGGAUGCUGCUAUUUUUUGCGCCAAAGCGCUCAUCUAUCUUGAAGAGGGACGCCCUGAGAAGGCGGUUGUACCGCUGCACGAGGCGCUCGCCAUUAAUCCCCAGGACGGCAUUGCCACAGAGUUGCUGAACAAGGCGCUAGAGGAGACAUCGACGAUUGACUUUGCAGAUGGCGACGAGCUGGAGGCCUUUGAACAGGAGCUCGAGUUGGGAAAGGCCGCCGCCAGAGAGCGGGUGUCGAACAAGCUACCGAAGCUGCGGCGGGACGUCAAAGGCAAGGCCAAGGUCAGCCGGACGCGGGUACAUGUAGACGAAGACGAGAAGGGGGAGGGCAUGAUGGAGAUGACUGACGAUGAUUAG